CCAGAUUAUAGCCACCGUAUAACCGGCUCUGACAAUUUGUUUUCUGGAAUAUACUCACAGAGUGAGGGCACUAAUGUGCCUAAACUGACCAUGAACGAACAAAGUGAAGUGAAUUAUUGGGAGGAAGAAAUUUUUUAUUCAGUUUAUAGAAAUUGUAGUUAUGGAUUCCCAGGAAACAGUGCUUCGA